AUUAUUCUCUUUCCCUUUUUCUCCCUUUUCUUCUUUCCUUCUCCUCCUUCUCCUCCUCCUUCUUCUUCUUCUUCCAUAUCUUCCUCUCUCAUAGUAAGUGUUUGAUUUUCAUCAUGUAUCCUUCUUCUGCUUCCUCCUCUUCUCACCGUUCACUGCAUUCCUCCGGCCUUAUUCGCUACGGUUCAGCUCCGGGCUCCCUCUUGACCUCCGCCGUCGAUUCCCUCGUCUCAACUGACCGUGAAUUCUCCCCCCUCGGAUCUCACCAUAUCAUGCCUCACCAGUACUUUUCCGGUGACUCUUCCUCCGAGUCCACCUGUAAGGUGGCUGCGCCGCCGGAUCACAAGGAGGCCGGAGCCGGAGGCCCCGCUGCUAUGUUGCAGAGGUCCUACGGGUUUAGUGAGAUGCCUGUCGCCGGCUUCUCUACAGCUAGUAGUUUGAAAGGCGGUGGUGAAGGCGGCGGUGGCGGUGGAUCUGCGCCGUCGUUGAUUCGCCAUAGCAGCUCCCCUGCUGGCUUCCUCAACCAGCUCACUGCCGAUAACUUGACAAGGGGGACUGGAAACUAUAGCUCUCAAGGUGGUUGUAAUGGUGGUCAUGGAAUAUCAAGGUUGAAGUCCCAGUUAAGCUUCAAGAGGCAAGAUUCUCUUUCCCAGAUCUCAGAAGUAAGUGAGAAUAUGGUUGAUGGCAUCAGCUCUGACAAUGGCCACAGAAAUGCCACUCAUUCUUAUGCCACUGCUAGUUUUCCUAUGGAUGCCUGGGACAAUACCAACACCAUUGUGUUUUCCACAACACCAAACAAACGAGCUAAGAACAUCAAUGGUGACAUUCUCAACAGUCUCAGUUCCUUAGAGCCACAGUUUAGUCUGCCACAGACAAGUUUAGAGAUGGCAGCAGUAGAGAAGCUGCUGCAAGUACCUGAAGACUCUGUUCCAUGCAAAGUUCGAGCUAAGCGUGGCUGUGCCACUCAUCCUAGAAGUAUUGCUGAAAGGGAGAGAAGAACUAGAAUAAGCGGGAAACUGAAGAAACUGCAAGAUCUUGUUCCUAACAUGGAUAAGCAAACUAGCUAUGCUGACAUGUUGGACUUGGCUGUGCAACAUAUCAAAGGUCUUCAAAAUGAAGUGCAGAAGAGACAACGAACCCAAAUUCCUCCCAGCUGAGCUUGGAAGAACGAAGCUCUCACUAGAGUUAUAGAACAUUGAUGGGUGUCUGCUAGGCACCCAAGUCAAAUGGGUAUCAGCAAGAAUCAUCGGGGAACAAAAUGAGAGAGCUAUCCAGCCUUUUUCAAUGUCUGCUAGGAUAGUAAUGUUCCUAGAAGCAGAAAUUAUAGUGUUACUUGGAGGCCUGAAAGGGGCUCUUUCUUUGAGUUUCAUACCUUCAUGCUCUAUAUCUAACUGCUCCAAACUUAUUUUUUGCCAUUGCAGAAGCUCAAUAAAGAACUGGAGAACUGUACUUGUGGUUGCAAGCAAGCCCUCUAAUGUUUAGUCAGAGGGACUAGUGAUGAAGCAAGUAAGGGUUGAGCAUCAAGUUUCUUGAAGAAGGUGGAUAAUCCAAUCAAGACUAACCUUCCUAAGUUAAGACCUCAUUAUUGAACCCAAACAUGUAUAUAAUGCCAAAACUUUUUUUUUCCUAAUUCAUUACGACCAUUUUUUGUAUCCUUCUAUGUAUUAACUUGCUAAUUUCUUUUUUCAUGUUUUGGUAAUUUCACCUUCCAAUGAGCGAAAAAACAAAUGAUAUGUCUAAUAUAUGGGUCUUGCUAUAGUACCAAAUUGAUAUACAUCAAAAAGUGUGACCAAUUAGGUUGGAUCAUACGUGUAUUUAAGUCUUAUUGCUUUAUAUUAAGUUUGAUUCCAUUCUCUCA